AUGACCACUCAGGGCACCCGGGCCAUGUCCCGUCUUCAGCUCACGCAAAACCAUCUUAGAGCAAAUUCCUCGAUCCCCCAUUUUGAAAGUGUAACUGUUGGCGCUAAAUACUCUCCAGAGUAUAAGAACUAUGCUGUGGAUCCUAUACUGAACAAGGUUGUGCUGUACUUCCACGAUAUUCCAUUACUGCAGAAGAAGGAGGCUAGAACCGCCACCAUGGUUGUGGAGGUGCCUCGCUGGCUGAAUGGUAAAUUCGAAAUCGACCCCAAACAACCGGGCAACCCAAUUGUCCAAGAUAUCAAGAAGAACAAGGUCCGUUUUGUGAGGAAUCUUUUCCCAUACCACGGAUAUGUGCAUAACUACGGUGCUCUCCCACAGACCUGGGAGGACCCUACGAAGAAGAGCAAUGUUGAGGACUUGUUUGGUGAUGGAGACCCAUUGGAUGUAUGUGAGAUUGGAGCCAAGGUGCUACCCACAGGCAGUAUUGUGACCGUCAAGGUCUUGGGCUCGUUGGCCUUGAUUGACGAUGGCGAAUUGGACUGGAAGGUGAUUGUUAUCAACACUGAAGACGAAUUGGCACCUAAGCUCAAUGACAUUGCAGAUGUGGAGAAGGAGUGUCCUGGUCUUCUUGCGGCCACGAGGCUGUGGUUUAAGGACUAUAAGAAGCCUGACGGCAAACCUGAGAACGUGUUUGCCUUUAAGGGUGAGUACUUGGGUGCUGCCGAAACGUGGGAGACUGUGGAGGAGUGCCACGAGGCAUGGAGAAAGCUUGUGAGCGGCGAAACAGAGGCAGGAAAGUAUGCCAUCCAGAAUGUCACUUUGGAUGGUACUCCAGGAAAAAAGGAUGCUUUUGAGUUCAACGAUGACGUCUUCGUUGCCUCUGCUGUGUCUGAUGCGCUCAUUCCCGAUGAGGUGCACAAGAUUGCAACCAUCAACAACAAAGACUCCACGCCUUUUGAAGCCAUGCCUGCCUCUAAUUCCGUGUCCCGCUCGCGGGCGCUUCGGCCCAUGGAGCAGACCGCCCUGUGGACGUUUGGCUCCGCAUUGACCCUUAUAAAAGAAGAGCCGCUGCUCCAUAUUCUCGAUGCUUUGGACGAGUUUCUCUUGCAUCUGAGAGAGGUGAUUCUUCUGGCAAACCCGCUUGCUGGCGGGUCCAAGGAUCUUGAAAAAGUUAAAGAUAUCACCUUGCGUGGGGUGCUCUUUGCGGAUGUUCUGAAGAACAUAGAUAUUGCAAACAAGCUUGCCAGGCUAUUGAAGGUGGACCCCAAGGAGGCCUUGAGGGUGGUCACGCAAACACAGAUGCGUAUUCCAGAGUUCGAAGACGUCAAGGGCUCGCUGAGCUUGCUCAAUUCGAGAAUCAGAGACGAAAAGGAUGAGGCCAGAAAGAACGACAAGAUCACCAUCUACGCCUCAAUGCUCCUCAAGGAGAAACGUACCGUGCUCAGAAUCGCCAGAGAAUGCUUAAACAGACGUUUCAACGAAAACACCACCUCUACUAUCCGGAACUUGGGAAGAUCGCUUGUGUUGGACUCCAAGUACGCAGAACUGACGAUAGAUACGCUCAGCGAGGCUGCUAUAUCUAUAACUUCUGGAGCCUACAAAACAGGUGUCGAUACAUUGGAUGAGAUUAUUUAUACCGAGACGCUCCUCUUCAUGCUGGAGCAGCUAUCGCUCUUGUGUGAGAUCUUCGUUUCUUCCAUCGGCACGAGGUCUGUGACAAAGUGGUUCGAGUUCAUGGACGAAACAAACUUUAUGGUUGACCUUGGCUCCUACGUUUCCAACAGAGAGUGCUUUGUUCUCCUCCAAUCAUUGGCUACAGUCGUAUCUCUCCAAGUGCUCGAUAUCGAGAACCCCUUUGAAGCAAACGAUCCAUCCUACGUCAAUGAUGGAAAGGCGUUCAAGCUCAUCAACGACAUCAUUUCCACAAGAAGCAUCAACUCCAUCGUCAACUACGCGUGGCUCAUCAUACUAUACAAAAAGGCGAUUGUGGUGGAGGAGUUUUCUGACUCCCUGUCAGCCUUCACCAAGGAAAUCUCCCUCGCAGAAAUCAAUACCAGCAUCACCUUCUUCACUGAGACCCUUGAACUGAGCAGUGUGUUCCAGGAUAUUAUGAAGGUCAACUCUUUCCUCCAUUUCGACGAGAUUUACUCGAUCGUAUUGGCCAGCUUGCUUAUGGUUGCCUUACCACUCAUGCCCAUGAAUGUCGAAACAGCCACAUGCGUUCAACAAGUGCUUAGUCAAGCGCCCCCUGCCGUGGUGGAAAGAUUCUACGAGAACAGCGAAGUGAUCAACGCCAUUGUCUUGUCUCGUGCCAAGUUCCCUGUUAGCAUUCCUCCAUAUCUCAAAUUGGCCUCGAUCAACGGUAACUUUGCAUUCAGUGAGUUCCGUGAGCUCAAGUCGUACAUGUCUGUUUUUGACAAAGAGGAGUUCGGCAGGGUUUGUGACAUUGACUCUGAAAAUACCGACCUCAUGAAGCUCUCUGAAAUGGUCGACCUAUAUCCACCAUACGAAGUGAACAACAAGCUUUCGCUUCUACUCAAUUCCAACACAAAAGCAAAGGUCAUUCCUUCCAAUGAAGAUGGAAAAGUGCUUGUGACUUUCUUGUACAAGUACAGUGGAUGGGCAUUCCUCGGUAGAGUUGUGCAAAACAUUUCCAAGACAUUUGACAUUGCGGACAAGCAGAAGAUGCUUGUGCUCAAUGAUAUGCUUCAUUUGCUCGUUCAGACUAGUUCUCAGGUCUCUCUAGAAGACUUGAAGGUGGCUCUUGAUGCCAUGUCCGCGUACACCGAUGACUCUGACAUUUUGGAAAUCUUAUUCCGUUUGCUCGAGCAAGGAUUGCACAAUCGUGAUACGGAGAUACUGACGAAGGUGGUCAAGCUUCUCACCAAUCUUUUACCCUUGCAUUCCAACAGAAUCUGGCCCCACCUCUCUAAGUCAUCCUUGCUACCAAACAGUGGAAAAGAGCCUUUUAUGUCUAUCAUGUUUGGCUCCAUUGAAAUGGUGAAGGGAAGCUACGAUUUUACCGUCGCAUUGACCAAAUUCAUUGGCGCCUUAGCACACAAUUGUCUCACAAACAAGCAUGAUUAUGCUGAUGUUCUCAAGGCAGAAGUUCUCGGGGUGAUGGUCGAGCAUGCCAUUGUCGUUUUUGAAAGCUUCAUCAAUUGCAACUUCAAUGAUGGCUUGCAAAAGCUUGAAUUGGGGAUUUUGCUUCUUGAAGUGUUCCUCAAAAUCAUCACAACUGUGUUCGACACUAAUUCGGGCAACUUCAAAGACAAUGAACCUGCCAAAGAAUUCGUCGGCUCUGCUCAGAAAAUCCUUGAUGCCUUUUUGGCACAGGAGGAUGGCUCUGCUCGUGCUCCAAUCCCAAUUUACAAAAUGGUGAGUUCUGUCGCCUCUUCCAUGAACUACUACGACUUCAGAGAUGUCACAGGCUUCUAUUCCAAGCACUGGAUCAAUAGUGCCUUGUCAUUUUCAAAAGAAUUGAUAAGAUGCAGAAGUCUCAUCACCAGCAAGCCAUCUCAUUUUGAGAAACAAAUGUUCUCCCAACUUCAGAAUUUGGUGAAGAUCUACUCACGGGGCUCAUUCAGAAGACCUGUUCUUGACUUGAUCAGCACCUUGACAAGUGGAAUUUGGGAAGGAGAGCAAAUGCCAUCCAUGUUGUCCCACUUAGGGCGUGAACACUCUCGUAUCUUCUUGCAUUCUUUGGCAUCUGACUUGAACAACUCCUUUGAUGACUACGGUAUCAGAAUCUCUGUAUAUGACUUACUUUGCUCGAUCUUGGAAGCUAGUCAAGAGGGUUUGUCUGUGUUGUUCAUCAGUGGACGUGAUGUUUUUGGUGGAUCCAAGAGCGAAACUCCGCUUACAAUCUCUCUUUUGGCUGUUUUGAAGAAGAACGUCAACGAGAUCAAAUACUACCCUCCUUCGGUCACUGCCCAUCUUCUUGACGCAAUCUCUUUGGCCUUCAACUCAUGGACGAUUGCAAAUGAAGACAAUAGCGAUGAACACUUCGUUAAAGAGAUGCUCAAGCUUCUAGAUGAUGAUCUUGGUGACGGUCACUUCAAGAACCCACAAGAUUAUAUCGCCGCUUGUUACAGGAACAAGGUUCUUGCGAAAAGUGCUGAAAUCUUGUCACUCAUUCUUUUCACGACCAAGAACGAAAAGACAAAGAACUUGAUAAUUAAAGUACUUUACAAGGACUCCUUCGUGGAGAAGUUGCCUCGUCUUUUGUGUCCCACAUUGAGAAAGGGUCCAACACUUCAGUCAAUCUCGGAAGAGUUUGAAGAGCACUUCUCCAAGUACAAAUUGUCCCAGUUUGCAACAUCUGUCAGAAAGAGAAACCGUUUCAGUGCCAAUGAAUUAUACGAGAUUGACAUGAUGAACACUCUUUUCCAGUCAACUCCUCAAUGGGUAGGUAUUAGGGAUCGAAUUGCGGAUUGGAGUGCUCGUAUUCAAAACUACUACUCCCAAGUUGCCAUUGCCAAGUCCAUCGGUGCACUUAUCACUGCUUUGUGUCGCAGAUCGCCUACAAAAGACCUUGCUCGAUACUUGAAACUCACGCCUGAAAUUCUCACCAUCAAUGUUGUUGAGGAACCCUACAUUCUUGCGACAGCAACGCAGCUUCGUCUUGAAAGGGUUGAGCUUUCUUUCUUACUCUUCCAGACAAAUGGUGGAGUUGAAAAGGCUGAUAGAGAUACCAAGGUUGCUCUCAAGGUGAUUGAAAAGGCAUCCACGAUGCUCAACGCUGCUUCUGACUUGAACAACACCACUCCAGUCACCCAAAGAGCCUUGCUCAGGUUAGCUCAUAUUGCGCUUUCCAUACUCGGAGAAGAUCACGAGCUUAUCAUCGCUAAGUUCAGUGUGCUUCGAGACUUCUUCAAUCGUGUGGUUUCUCAAGGAUCGAGGCUCAUCAUUAUUCAGCUUCAGAAUGAUGUGUAUCUCUCAAGAGCAGACAAGAAACACAAGUCGCAUGAUUUAGGCGAGCUUCUCAAUGACUUGCGCUUGGUGAUCUCGAUCUUCAAGUGCUACGUGAUGUUCAACAUCCCAGAUUCGCUUCAAAGAGAGUUGGCGAACUCCUUAACAGACAACAAGACAGUGGACAAUUUCCUUAGCCUUUACUCAUUCUCGCACUUGAUUGUGGUGAACGAGGAGCCUAUCUUUUCUCAUUUGACUCUCAUGUUUGUCCAGCUCCUUCUUUCGGUGGAUGUCUUUGCUGAAAAGUUCAUCAACAGAAACAUGUUCAUGGUCAUCAGAGAAAGUGUGAUUUCUCAACCGCUUCGUGAAGGUGGUAUUACAAUUGAGAACUCACCUCAGCUCCACAGGAACUGGACGACCGGAAUUCUCCCAAUUAUUUCGGCCACUUUGCUUGGACCUGGUAACAAGACGGAGGUCUUCAACACAAUCAGAUCAUUUGGAAGACAGAUUGCCUUCUGCAUCGAGAGUUGGGCUAAAGACUCGCGGUCUCUCCAUGUCUCAUCGGCCGUUACUUGGGAAACCACCCAGAUUUUGCACUUGUAUCUGAUUUUGAGUGAAAUUGCAAAAGCUGAAAAAAUCAGCAGUGACAAUCCUACAAGCGUCGAUAUGGCCAUUCUCCCAGGCCUUGAAACUCCACAAAAAAGAGAGGAUUUGAUGGACUACAUCAGCAAUUUGCUCAAGCACCCCAAGUUCCUUUCGUCUAUCAUCGUGCCCAGCACGCCAGAAGAAGCAAAGAUUCUCAAGAGUCACGAUAAAGUACAUGAAGAAUUUGUCAGAGGUGUGAUUCUGGAGAUUUCAGAACUCAAAGACUACCUCAGCUGA